GGUGCCGGGUCGACAUACGUACAUGUAACAGUGACCAGCGAUGUCAGACGCGCCAACAGUUUCCUCUCAUGCCUUGCUUAAUAAAAGUACACGAGUUUAAGUGAAGUCCUCCUGAAAGAUAGUUGACAACGAGGCUGUAUAAAUUGUCGUUCAAAGAUGAAACUAAAGGAAGAUAUUUGCGUAUCCAGUGAUGACGCUAACACAUCGAUACACUGUAUUCCGGAUACCCGUAUCAUGUACAUCGCAGACUACCUUACUGCUAUACACCAUGGUAUUUUCAUCGUGGUCAUGUGUGCUACGUUCCUAGGGAUGUGGUGGCGCUACCGACAUUACAAGACACAUUUACGAUAUGUGCGAUUUCCUGGACACGUCUUCCGUUGGAUCGUUUCAACUGUUCUACUGCUGUGUCUCCUAGCUUCGGUCGGGGAAAGCUUACUAUCCAGCGCAACUUUACGCCAGCACAUCAGCGCUGUCUGGCGUAUUUCCUUACCAUCCUUUUUCGCCUUGACUGCAUUAGUAUCUUCUUUAGUUGGCACCUAUCAGAUGGAGAGGUACCGAGAAAGACGCAUGUUGUGGCUGCUCGGCAUUUAUUGGUUUGUUUCGUUGAUAAUGGAGGCAGGUCGGCUUGGAUCGAUGUUCGCGAGUGGAUUGGCAGAUAUGAAGAUAGCUAGGUGGGACCUGUCUAUACUACAGCUAUUUUUCUACCUGAUUCUAACGUUCGUCGAGGUAUAUGUCAUAUUGUACACAAAGGUCACAUCUGAAGCAUGCGUGAAUGAUACUACCGAGACUCUAUUUAGACCGAAGGAAACAACCUUACCGUCGGAGCUGUUUGCCUGGUGGCUGGGCUGGUUGUUUGACCAAGGAACUUUGACGACUGUUGACGAGUUGGGACAGCUACCAUCAGAAUACGGCGCUGAAACAAUAGGCCAACGGUUCAAAAUUGCUUACGAAGAAGAGAGGGUAAGAAAUCGGCGAACGAGUCACCGCUACCCAUCCUUAUGGAGAGUUUUGUUGAAGACCAAUGGCGUGGCAAUGGUUACCGCAGGAGCAUUUUUAAUUGGAAACACCUGCCUGAUAUUAAUUACACCAUUCGCCCUCCAUAGCCUUUUGAAAUAUGAAAAAGCGUACAUAUUCGGCACUACUGAUGAAGAGGUACCACAUUACGUCAGCGUCAGUGAGAUGACGACAAAUGUCUUCGUUCUGAUGUUCGUUAUAUUCCUUGCCAUGUUCUUCCAGGGGAUAUUAAAUGCUUCCUAUCGAUUUACGGCCGGUAUGGAGGCAGUGCGGAUCAUAUCAGCAUUACGGCUAGCCGUUUUCGAGAAGUCGUUACGUCUCUGCCAUGGGCUGGAUAUUUCUUCGGGAGAAAUCGCCAAUCACAUGUCCGUUGAUUGCGAAAUGUUCUUUUACGUGGCGAGAUGGAUCAGCAACGUCUGGACGUUUCCCAUUUAUGGUACCAUCUGGUUGUGCAUUGCAUAUAAAUUGCUGGGAUUCUCGGCUCUGGUUGGUUGUUUGGUAUUCGUGUUAAUGAUAAUCCUUCAAGGAAUCAUCUCCAAAGUAGGAGCGCGAUACUGCAGAGAAGGCCUGGCUUAUGGAGAUAGACGAUUGCAGAAGACAAAUGAGAUACUACACGGCAUUCGGUUAAUCAAGCUUUACGGAUGGGAAGAGAUAUUCUACCGGUCCGUUGAACAAAUCCGCAAGAAAGAACUACGGUGGAACCUCCAAAGGAACAUAUGCCACGGUUUGACUUCUUUGAUUGUCGCGUCAUCUCCAGCUAUUCCUACUUUGGUGAUGUUCUCCACGCACACUCUUCUGUUCGGCAAUCGAAUCACCGCAGACAUCGCUUUUCCCAGCUUGUUUCUAGUCGACUUUAUGGGCCAACAAACGCGCGAAUUCAUCUCGUCCCUGAAAUUCCUCGUCGACGGCUUCGUGAGCAUGAAGCGCCUGGAGAAGUUCCUCAGCGCACCAGAAAUUGUUAACACCAACCGAAUCAGCUCCAAUCUGCAGCUUUAUAAGGACAUGCCUCCCAAAUUGUCGAACUUUCUCAAGAGAGGCCGCACUGAUGGAAAUCACGAGAGACAUCAAAAUGGUGCGGUAACAAUCAAGGAUGGAACGUUUUCGUGGGAUUUAAAGAAAACUGGGGUACAACCAAUAAUAUCGGACAUCAACCUGCAAAUACCGGAAGGUAAACUGACAAUGAUCGUUGGCGAGGUAGCGAGUGGGAAGUCAUCGCUCUUGGCAGCAAUCCUUGGAGAAAUGAACGUACUGAAGGGAUCUGUCAAAUGCAGAACAUCAAAGGUUGGCUAUUCUGCUCAAAAGGCAUGGAUCCUCAAUACGACGCUGAGAGAAAAUAUUAUCUUCGAUAGUCGGUUCGAUUCAGUACGAUACCAACGUACGCUAGAAGCAUGUGCUCUCAAUAAAGACAUCGGCGAUCUGCCGGCCGGAGAUUUGACUGAAAUUGGCGAGAAGGGGAUUAAUCUUAGUGGUGGACAAAAACAACGAGUCAGCUUAGCACGAGCUUUGUAUUCCCAAACCGAACUAGUUCUCCUGGAUGACACUUUAUCUGCUCUUGACAGUCAUGUUGCCCAUCACGUGUUCAUGAAUGCAAUACUUGGUCUUCUGCGCAUGGAGAAGAGAACUGCAGUGUUGGUUUCUACAGACGGAAAGUACCAAGAAUUCGCCGACAAGGUUGUAACAAUACAGAGAGGCGUCAUAGUCCACGAGAAGGUCUCACCCGAGUUGGAUGAAACGCUUCAACGGAGAAUACCUUCAAUUCUUACAGACCCAUUGGCGCAUACUGAACGGCAAGAACAAGUAAAACAAACAUCUACGAAUACUGAAAACAAGAAAGAUGGGGUUAAUGCACACGUAGGACGGCUUAUUGACGAGGAGGAGAAGGCAAGUGGUUCAAUAUCCCCGCACGUCUACAUCUUCUACUUCAAGAUCAUGGGAGUUGCUUUUGUUGUGGCAGUGAUACUCAGCUACAUCGGGAAGCAGGCCCUGACGACAGCCGCGGACUUCUGGUUGGCUGGAUGGGCGGAGCACAAUGUUACUCUGGUCAAUGACGACAUCACUUUACACUACGUGCGUGGAUAUGCCUGGCUGACAAUAGCAAAUGUAUUGGCACCAGGAGCCAUCCUCUUGUGUAUUGGAAGCACUCUAGCCAGCAAACGGAUACACAAAGCUAUGAUCCAAAAUAUCUUCCGACUACCUGUAAGGUUUUUUGACAUCAAUCCUGUCGGCCGAAUUCUAAAUAGACUAUCGACCGAUACCUACAGGGUAGAUAUGAAAAUUCAGUUUACCUGGAUGAAUAUACUAACAUUCACCACCGCUUGUGCUGUCAAGAUUGCUACAAUCGUCGCUAUCCUUCCAGGCUUCACGGUCCUGUUGGUCCCAAUGGCGAUAUUGAUAUUCUGGGUUCAGAAACGAUUCAUUACUGUAUCAAGAGAAUUGGAGAGACAGUUCAGUACCUCCCGAUCACCUAUCUACGCUGAUUUGUCUGAAAUGUUGAAUGGGACUACGACCAUUCGAGCAUAUAGACAUCAAGAGAGAUUUUGCAAGAGGCUUCGACAUCACAUAGAUGUAAGCAAUACCAGUCGCUUGUACCUUGAAGCUACACAACGAUGGUCAUUAACAAGGCUCGAUGGCCUGUCUUCGGUUAUAGUAUUCGGUGUUACUCUGGUCUCGUUAGUUGCCUUUUUGCUAGGCGGCCUCAGCAGCAGUUUAACAGGACUUUGUGUCGUCUACUCAAUCCAGUCGACAUCCAAUUUGCAAAGUUUGGCUCGUGCAGUAUCGGACUGUGAGCUAUUCAUGAAUGCAGUGGAACGCAUUAUGCACUACGCCAAACUACCAACGGAAUCCUAUGAAGGGAAAAGGCCAAAAAAUUGGCCUGGAUGUGGAGAUAUUAUGAUUAAUAACGUGUCAGCCAGAUAUGCUGAUGACUUGGAACCAGUCUUGCGCAAUAUCACCGUGGACAUCAAGUCAGGACAAAAGAUCGGCGUAUGCGGACGUACUGGAAGUGGCAAAUCAUCUCUUAUGUUGACACUUUUUCGAUGCUUAGAUGUAUUUGAAGGACAAAUCUUUAUAGAUGGUAUUGACAUUUCAGCUGUUCAUCUCACUACACUACGCCAACGUCUAUCCAUUAUCCCACAGGAUCCAAUUCUCUUUAGUGGCUCCAUCAGGAGCAAUUUGGAUCCCGAGGGGACUUACACGGACGAUAAGGACAUUUGGCACGCGUUGGAAUUGGCCCAGCUCAAAACCUUAUGCCAAGCCUCGAAGAAAGGAUUAGAUACAGAGGUACGAGAGGGUGGGAGCAAUUUUAGUGUUGGACAGAGACAACUCUUCUGUCUUGCCCGUGCCAUAUUGCGAAAGUCAACCAUACUAGUCUUGGAUGAGGCUACAGCGUCUAUCGACCUUGAAACGGACCAAGUACUGCAGCGUGUAAUUUCCGCUGCAUUUUCAGGCAAGACAGUUAUAACCGUUGCACAUCGUUUGGACACCAUUCUGAAGUCGGACAAGAUCAUUGUCAUUAGUGGAGGUAGAUUGGUGGACCAAGGCUUACCGCAGGAUCUGCUCAGCCAACCAAAUACGGAGUUCUCAAAGCUUAUCCAAUCCGCCUCGAUUGACAGUAAAAAGUAAAACGAUUACUAAGGGAAUAAAAUGUGCGUGGCCGGUUAGAAACAAGCAAUUUUUAAUCUGGCUUUAUAGGCGCCUGGUCGCUGAUAAUUCGGGCCGACGGCCAAGCACUUAUUCCCAUUCGUAAAAUAUCUUUCGGUAAGAAAGUCAAAACAAGUCAAAAUUAUACAUUUCUAACUAUUUUGUUCAACAGUUUUACUUCCUGUUUUUUAAAACACCCCUCCAACUAUGUUUAUGGUAGGCCUAUGCCCGAGUAAUACUAAAAAUCUCCUUUUUAUUUUUUAUUGCUACUUUUUAACUGACUAGUUAACUUUUUUGUAGUUUUGAUAUAUUUCUAAAGCGUUUUGAAAUUUUAGUGUAAAACGCUAUAUUAUUUAAGUGUAAAAUAUUAUUAUUAUUGGCGCGCUCGAACACAGCAAACCCCGGAAAAGUUUCAUCCAGUCAACCGUUUAAAACCGCGCACGUGACGGGCUCUCGACUAAUAGGAAUGGGUAAACUGUCUUAGAGAGUUCUGAAUGUCUAUUUCAAUCAUUUUUUUUCCAAAUCAUCUUCUUUAUGCUGGGUUUGUAUUGUCGAUUUCGAGGGCACAAAAUUAGGGAUACAUGUAUUGGACCGAUCAGAAGACUGAAUUAAUACCAACCCGCCUGCCGUAAUCAAUCGCAAGGGGCGGGGGAUCGCGGGAUCGCGGCCGGUGUGGCCGAAUUUUCGUCCCCCGUACCAACCGACCGCGGGUGACAGAAUAUUCAUAUCCGGACCGUAUUCUGUUCCCAAUUAUCGGAUAUUAUUUCUGACCUCCAUUUUAAAGUCAAGUACUGGCCAUGCCCAACUGUUGUUUGAGAUUUUACAACUUCUAGUUAAAUAAAAGAGAAUAAUUGCGA